CCGGUGGUCCUCCCCUCCCCGGCCGCGCUGUGCAUGUGCUGUGCGUCCUGUUGAUGCUUACACAGUCGAAUGAUCGAGCGUCAUUCAGUAUUAGUCGAGUGCUUCCUCACGGCUGUGUGCGUGAACGGUGCGCGUCUUCCUCCUCGUUUUUUUCCUCCUCUCUCGCGCGCGGCCAAGAAACACUUUUAGAUUCUUAUGAAAUACCGCAUUCGUCGCAUCUAGUCCGAUAUUAAUUAAAUGUCAAAUCCGAUCAACCACCGUCAUCUUCUUCCGCAAUCCUGCGAGACAGCGCACGUGCAGUGGAAGAUGCCGAUACCGAGGAAUACUUUUUCCUGCUUUUCCGAUGAUGGUGAAUCAUGAUGCAUGGCUGGGCGUCAACUACGGAAACGGAGGGCAGGAAGGAAAUUCGGCGAGACAAGCGAAGGAACGAGUGAAGUAUUUGGAGAAUCGAGGGGGCGAGGAGCGACGACGACGGCUCUCUUGCUGACACUUAUUUGUUGUCCUCGUAUCGCGCGGAGGCGCGUCGUAUCGCGUCACUGCUUAUUUUACGGCUAACGAAAAUACGUAGGACGACGGCCGUCGAAAGACAGAGAUAGCCGCUCCUCUGUGUGUACACACAGAUCGAGGCAACACUCUUCUCUCGGUGUUGCGCGACGCUUUUCCCGCGUUAACGAAGAAAAAGUCCCGAGAAGGUCCUCUCGGAUAUACAUGUGUGGCAACAACAUCGUUCUCACUCUUUCUUUUUCGUCCGAAAAUUGACGUUUGAGAAUUCUCGCGAGGUUCUCGUCGCUGUUGUGUAAAAAAUCCUGAAGAAAGAGGAGCUCCUUCGCGUCUGUCCCACCUUGACUCGGAUUCCUCGCGAGAGUGCGAACCAAAGGACAACCGCCGCCUACUCCGGCGGGCUCUUUAAGAUCUUAGGUCAAGGUUUCCAGGGGGGGAAAAAACGCGUGCCAAAGCCGUUCGCUCUAACGUCACGCGCGCUAUGAUAUUCCUCGCGGGACGCUUCGUGUUUGGAAAAGCCGCCGCUCUGGAGGCGAGUUUCGGGUCGGGUAAUGCGUGACCUGUAACAAUGCGUGUCCCGGGACGCGAUCUCGAGUCAUCGGAAUCGGAGUAACUACGGGUGCGCGCGUUACUCUCUCGAUCAACACAACAAGACGAUGUAAAUCGGCCGACAACGACGAGCGACGACGAGCAUUCAUAUAUUCGGGAAACAAAGGUGGAGAAAAGAGAAGAGAAAAUGGACUCCUGCUUCCCGCAUCUGGCGAUACUGAAUCCGCGAAAUGCGAGUAAACCCCGGCGGCUGAACGACGGCUGCAACGUCGCGGGCGAGGACGUUCGCACGACCCGGUCGAGGAGCCCGACGUUGGCCGGCAAGAACGACGUCUUCCAAGACUUGGACCUAUACUACGUUCGGCAGAUCGCGCGAAACUCGAAGGAGUACGAUCUGGAACAGAAGAUCGAGGUGGAGAUCAAAAUGAGAGAAGGCUCGGCCAGGCUUUUGGCGGCCGCGAAACACCGCGCUCAGAGCCUGGAGGCCGCGAGAGCGCUGCUCACGUCCAACGAGAGAAUGUCGGUUUACAUGGCGGAAUUACAGACUCGUCGCCGGGAUCCUGUUAAAAAGCCGUGCAUUCCUGGAAGCACGGGCAAGCUAUCGAUUUCAGACCUUAGGAUACCACUGAUGUGGAGGGAUUCGGAUCACUUCAAAAAUCGCGGUGAUCAUCGUCGAUUCGCGGUAUUCUGCUUAGCACGGCUGGGCACGGAAAUUCAUGAUACUUCUUUAUUGUGCCCCGUCGACAGGGCCCACACGGAUAUCAGCUUUCCCGACGUUUUAAUCUUCAACAAUGUGCCGGCCGAGUUCGAGUUGGUGUUGGAAAUCUACAGCCACGUCUUGCAGGAGGACUUAAGUAUCGCCAGCACGCCGAGAAGAAUCAAAAAGACGAUUCACUCGUCGAUCUCGAAAACCGUCGGCAAGAAGCUCGCCGCGUCGCUUCGCGACGAGUUCAGUUCCGGGAAGUCCGGGCCACACUUUGACUUGGUUGCUCGUGCAAGGUUGACUCUGGACGACACAGACGAUAACAUUCAUACGCACGAUCUCGUUAUUAACAGCGUUGAAAAUAAGUAUCACUCUCUACCGCUUUUCGGUCACUUCUGUUGCCGAUUGGCGGCACAGCCGGAAUGCGUCAGCAAGGAUAUGUGUAUCGGCAGCGUGAAUGUGGACAGUCAAGAUUGUUGGGCACGCUUACAAGGAUUCUCGAUAAAAACGUGGGAGUCAAAGAAGCACGCGGAGGAGGCUCAGAAUCCAGAACGUGUGAUUCCAAUUAAUAAGGAAACAUCGGUUCAGAUAGCCAAGUCUUCCGCCAAAGAGCUCUUGAUCAAUAAUCUCGGCAGUAAUGCGAGCAAAUUAUUGCUUAUUAAAUUCGAAUCGAAGGAAGAAGCUCAAAAGUGGCUGAAAUUAUUAUCUGCCCACAUUAAUGACCAUUCGAGGUGGAAACGUGCUGCUGAGGUUAUACAAAGAGUAUCCAGUAUCGAGAGUACGAGGAAUUCUUUUAUCAGCAAUAAAAGACAAGGAUCUUUAUACGACGAAACUCCUUUAAUCGAAUCAAUCCCAUCGGAUUAUAUGCCUGCGAGAUCAACUGUACAAACGAUUUUCGAUCUCACACCUAGUACUAGUCUAAGCAGUUCUAGUUCCACGAAUAGUCUAACGAGUCUGCGUUCACGUUCGCUGAGUAUCGGUGGUGCGUUCAAACAAAGUACCAUUGCCUUGAAGUCUCACUUAGCUUCCUCUAAUAAAAACGAAGUGUAAUGA